AUGGUCGGGGCGGGCGCGUCCUUCGCACUUGUCAACGGUGCCCUUCAGGCAUCGACGAUGCAACUCGGGGUGUCAUCGACUUCCGCAGCUUUCUGGCAAUAUGCAAUCGGCCUGGCCGUGGCGUUGCCCUGGGUUUUGCGUCGCGGUGUUUCCGCCUUGAAAACACAACAAAUCGGCUGGCAUCUGUUCCGCGGUUUUCUCGCGGUGAUCGGAAUCCAGUUGUGGGUCGCCGGCCUUGCACGCGUUGAGAUCUGGCAGGCCAUUGCACUCGUCAUGACAUCCCCUUUCUUCGUCAUCAUUGGCGCGAAACUGUUCUUUCAAGAGCGCGUUGGACCGGUUCGCUGGCUUGCAACAAUCGCCGGCUUCGGUGGAGGAAUGGUAAUUCUCGAACCGUGGACCGAAACAUUCAACUGGGGCGCGUUGCUACCGCUCGGAGCCGCAGCGUUUUGGGCCGGAACAUCUCUCGUGACAAAGAAACUUACGGCAAGUGAGAAUGCGGAUUCGAUAACGGUCUAUCUGCUUCUUCUUCUAACGCCGGUAAACGCGCUCCUGGCAUUGGGCGAAGGGGGCCUUGUGCCACCGGGAGCAGCGCUGUGGCUGUUGGUCGGCGCCGGUAUCCUGACGGUUCUGGCAAACUACCUUUUGACACUGGCCUACCAGAGUGCGGACGCAGCGUUUGUACAGCCUUUCGAUCAUCUGAAGUUGCCGUUGAAUAUCGCUGUCGGUUUCCUUGCGUUCGGUUUUGCUCCCACGGGUACCUUUUGGCCGGGAGCGCUUGUGAUCGUCGGCGCGUCGCUGCUGGUCAUGCUGGACGAAAAAAAGCGAACGACCUCCGAGUUUGCUGCACAUGGCAAGCCUUGA